AUGCUAUCGUCAGAGCUUAUAUCGUCAAUAAUUCCGACUCCCAACCUUUCAGACAUCAACGCCGGGGAGUUGGAGAACGACAUCUCCAUUAUUAUCAACUGGAUCAAGCUUUUUCCACAGCCAAUAGCAGAACCUACGUUAAGAGUCAAAUCAGCGGUAAAAUCAGUUUUGAAGGAUGAAUCGAGCCAGUUUCAAUUUACAAAGCUUUUGAACAACUCGAUCAACGAGAAUUUCCAGUUGGAAGGGUUUCAUAUGGAUGGCAUGAAUAUUUGCCCUGAUGAACUUCAAGGAGCUGAUCUUGCCACUGUGAUCCUGAGAGUGAUAAACACAAAGCGGUUCUACGAUAACUUGUUGAUAAGUUUGAACUUAAACUUGAGUACAUCAUGUUUGAAUUUAUACAAGAAGAACAUCAACAAGAACUUCAAAUUGUUGAUUGGGGAAGAGGUUUUUCUUGCUAAGAUAUACACCUACUUUGACGAGAAUUUCCUUAGGUUGAAUAGCUUUCACGAUUUCAACAUCAUCUUGAUGCUUCAAUUUUUUGAAGCAAUUGAAAUGAAGAAUGAGUUGAACCAGAUUCUCAUCAACAUUUUGAUUAAGAAGAUAAAGUUCUACAUCAAUGAAAACUUCAAGUUGGCAUGGAGUGUUCCCAUACUUCACACCUUGAACAACUUCAUUGAGCAUCAGAUUUAUUCAAACAUUGAUUUUGUGUUGAAAAGCCUACAUUUGAGCAUCGACAUGAACGACUUGAUUAAAAUUGGCUACAAUGAGCUUAUAAGUCUUCGAAUCAAUGAAAUAUACUCCAUCAUUAUCGAUUAUCCGAAAAGUGAAAUAUCAUUGGUAGAGCUUAACAGGUGUUUGAACUUUCAAAACUCAGACAACUUCGACCCUAAUAUUGAGUUCUACCAACGUAAUAAGUUAGUGGAGAACUUCUCUGACAAUGUCAACAAGAAUCUUUUGAAUGCUGGUAUAAAUACAAUUAAUUUGAUCAAAACUUACAUCAAGAUCAUCAAAUCCUUUUUAAUACUUGACCCUAAAGGAGUGUUACUUGAUAAGGUCAUUAGACCGGUGAGAAAGUACUUGAAGACAAGAGAUGAUAUAAUCAACAAGUUGGUGUUGGGAUUAUUAAAUAAAGAGCCUGAAUUGGUAGAGCUUUCAAGAGAAUUGCAAAAUACCGAGAAAAGCUUCAAACUUUUCAAGAAUUUUGACGAGCUAAAUGACUUAAACUGGGUACCCGAUCCAAUUGAUGCUUUGCCUGAUUUCAAGAAAUUCAAAAUCAACGAUAUAAUCCAAUCUUUGAUUUCUAUAUUCGACUCAAAGGAAAUCUUCAUCGUCGAAUUCACCAAGUUAUUCGGAAACAAAAUGAUCAACAGCGAAGAGGACUUGUCAGUGAUCUUGAAAAUGAUCAACUUAUUGAAGUUGAGAUUUGGUAAAAACGAGUUCUUCAACUUGGACAUCAUGGUGAAGGAUUUCAUUAAUUCCAGAUCAAAUAGAGGUAUGGUCGAUUCGACAAAUCUAAACUGCUUGAUAUUGUCGCAUCUCUACUGGAGUGAUAUUAUAGAGACUCCAAGCUUCACACUUCAUCCGAGUCUAUUGUUGACGUUUCAAGCCUAUAAUGAAAUGUAUAAGCGAGAGAAUUUCAACCGGUUUUUGAAGAUUAUUCCCAAUUUUGGAACCGUGAAGUUGAGCUUGGAAGGUAAGAGCUAUAACGUUCCCCUUGACAAGGCUUCUGUCAUACUUAUGUUCCAUGAUAACAACGAACCCGUUUCGGUUGCAAGUAUAUCUGAAACCCUCAACAUGUCAGAGUACUUUACCAACAAGAUAUUAGAGUUCUGGGUUCUGGAGGGCAUUCUCUUGAAGAUAACCCCCCAAUUGUACGCAAGUAACGAAUAA